AAUUUCUGCCCAAAUGAGCUUAGGGAAAUUCGCAAAUGGUACUUACUAAUUUACUAGUAUUUAUUACAAGCCGGGAGGUUAAUCGGGCUUCGCCCGAGAUUAAACGGAGUCGGGUCGCCCGGUCAUUAUUCCGGCGGCGGUUCUGGAAACGGAACGAGCCCAAAAAGUCCAAAACCGCCGCCGCACGAGCACGCAGGAAAACAAACGAAUUCACGCGCGGAGACAAAACAACCGGAGAUCCGACCAACCUCCUCGCCUCCUUCCUUUGACCUUCGACGCAGUCGCCAGCGCGACCGUCUCUUCGGAGAAUCCGCCGUCCUCCUCCUCCUCCUCCUCCUCCUCCUCGAUUGACGCCGGAGAGAGACUCGAAGGCGAUGGGGCUCUUCGCGCUGGCCGUCGCCGGCGGCGGAUUCAUCUCCAUCGGCGCCCUCGAGGCCCUGGCCGCGUCGGGUUCGCUCGCGGACCGGGCCGGCGGCGGCCCCAGCCCCAGCCCGCCCUCGCCCCUCGGCCCGAUCGCCCCCUCCGCUGCGCGAUCGCCGCCCCGGCCGGGGGCGAAGGCGGGGUCGGCGUCCCUGAUCUCGCUCGUCUCGGUCUCCGUCCUCUCGCUCCUGUUCGUGGCCAACUCCCUGAUCUCGCUGGCCGACGCGGCGGGGUCCCGCGACCGCCUCGGCUCGGUUCUCCAGCUGCAGGUCGUGGCGGUGGCGGCGCUGUUCUUGCUGUACGCGGUCGCCGGGAUUGUAGUCACUCUGACGAGCUCGUUUCCUUUGAGCGCUUCGCUGGUCAACGUGAUCGCUCUGUUCGCUUUCGUGGAGGAGUUGGCGUACUACCUCCAGAGGAAGGACACGAGCGGGAUCGAGAACAGGUACUUCGAUCUCAUGCUCGUGCCCAUCGCGGUAUGCACGUUCUCCACGGUUCUGGGGUUGAAAUCCCCGAAAUCGGAGUUCCCGAGAUUGGCCCGCGCUGUCGGUUUGGUGCUUCAGGGAACGUGGUUUCUGCAAAUGGGGUUUUCCUUUUACACUGGCUUGGUUGCUCACGGGUGUUGGUUGCAUGAGAAGAGUAGAGGGAAUUACACAGUUAAGUGCAAGGGGCAUGCUGAGUAUCAUAGGGCUAGAGCAAUCGCGACGCUGCAGUUUAAUUGCCAUCUUGCCCUGCUUGUGACGGUAGGGGUCGGGAUUUAUUCCCUGAUUGCGCAGAGGAAUGGGAUUAGGAAUGGGAUUCGAGGGGAUUUCGCGAAGUACAGGCCCUUAGGGGAAGAAGUUCAGAGUUUGGGCAAUCAUGAGCAGUUUACUCUGGACUCUGAUGAAGAUGUUGAUGAUGGGAACAGGGAAGAGGAGAAUGUGGUAAAGCCGAAGGGUGCUGUGAUAGAGUUGGGUGCUAAUGGAUAUGGUUCCCAUCAUUGAGUUGAGGGAGAGAGGAUGAAAUUUCUUCCCUGAGAAGGCUGACUUCAUGUUAUCAAUUUUUCAAGUGCUUAGAGUAGAUGGACCCGAAUUUCACUGUACAAAGUGAACUGAGUUAGCUUUUAUGUUGGUUUUCCAUUCUGUGCAAAAAAUUUCAGUUGCUAUAGUUUUCUGCUGCAAUUGUUGGGCUAAUUUUUCUUAUGUUCAUAAUAUGUAUUGAAUUUCUGUCUCUGUUCGGGUCAGGUCAGGAACCCUCUGCUGAAAUGGGGGAAGCAUAUAAUAAGAUUCAAACUUUUGAGUGUGGUUCACACUGACA